AUGACUACUAUUCCGUUUCGCACUCUUAAGGAGUGCUUGGAGUUUUUGCAGUGGUUGAUAAAUGAUAAACGAAAUGAUGUAAGAACCCGUCUGGCCGGUAGACUAAAACGGCUUAUCGAAGGGAAGUAUAAGAGCGUCAGUGCACAGCAAAUUGAAAAUGCGCUCUCCACCUUCCUAAAUCACGUGUCACACUUCCAUAAGAAGUUAUGCCGAACUGCAGGUCAGAGCAAAAUUAAGAGUAUCACAGGAAGAGACGCCCUCGAAGCUCUCCUUCAGUGUAUCCCCAAAUUACUUUCCGUCAUAUACUUUUUGCAAUAUCAUGUGGAUACAAGGUUUGCUAAAGUUGGCGGCGGGGAUUGGGCAGGGCAAAAUGUUGGAAUGGUUGCAAUGUACGCUAGAUUUCCUCCAGCGGUGGCUGCACGGUAUGCAUCUAGUGCCAGUAAAAUUGACACCUAUCUCAUUACGACAGUUGAUGGAAAUCAGUAUGGCGUCAUCCCUGGUGGAUUCGCUGCCGGUGAGUUAAAGGAAGUAGCCAGGGAUGGUUAUAAUCAGGGUUCUCUUAUGGUACCUGACCUUGUAAAUAUUUUCGACAAGGAACAUAUUCCCAAUAAUCUCUUCCGUGAUGUAUUCGUCACGUCAGUUGUGUUCAAAAAUUCUGCCGAUGAGAUAUCAAACGUCGCAAACGCUCUUCGGUUGGUGCAAGAUUUUUGUGGGAUAUUUGGAAACUCAAAGAAUGAACAAGAAUUUAAAAUGCAUUUGGAAGACAGGGGUAAAUGCAUAAAUUGGGAAGAAUUGAAACAACAAUGUGCCACACUGAAAACGUCUUUAGGCAAUAUUUUCACCUUAAACCGAUUUUCCUUUACCGGGUAUGGGCGGACAUAUGAAUUCCUCGACAAAACUAUUGAUAAAAGGAUGGCACAGUGGCUUAAAAAUAAUUUGGAAACAAUUAGAAGUAAAUUGAUAAGACUUCGAUCGCAGACAGAUUUUAAUAAGUUUGUUACCACGAAUCUCAUCCCCUAUGGAUUCACAUUUAAUGGCACCAACUUUAACACAAAAAUGAAGCCGAAGAUUGUGAUGCAACAAUGGGAUGCUAUAAUCGGUGAGCUCAAGCAAGCAAAUGAAGGUUUGCAGAAGUUGAGACAGAUUUUGGUUGGGAGCAUGUGUCCACAAAACAAACAAGAUAAAGAUGAAGACGAUGGUGAUGAAGAUGUAGAGUCUGAAGAUGAGUUCGGGGAUGAUGAUGAUGAUGAUGAUGAAGUGUAUGUAGAUGAAGAUUUGGAUGAUGAGGAUGCUGUACGUGUAUCCAAAACAGUGGAGCUACCGCCUACCAAGGUUCCUGAAAUUCCUAAGAAGCCAGUGACUGAAAAGCAAUCUGAAGGAACUUCAAACCAGGGCAAGAAAGCUGAGGGAGCACAGAACCAGGGCAAGAAAGCUGAGGAAGGACAAGGUAAAGCGGGUGGUCAAAGUGACGGAAAUGUUUCAAGUUCACCGGACAAUGAUGAUACUAGUUUACAGCCUGCUGUCAUUCUACAAGAUGCGGCCACUCAGCCCUCAAGUGUUACAAGUCAAGACCCUCAGUCAUCUGGUGACCCUGUUUCCAGUAGUGGUCCGGGACCGGUUGACCAGAGGUCUGCUUCUGAGCCUGCUCACGAAAGUGUUCAUGAGGCUUCGAAACGUCCAGUCGGUGAUACUGCGGCGCCCACUGGCACGCCUUCUGGUUCAGGUGGCGGAGGAACUCCAGUAGGGGGUGUUGAGCAGGAUCCCGCUAUGGUUGAAAAAAAUUCUCCAACAUGUUCUGGCGAUACAAUUGCAUCUAUAGACAUGUCUGGCAAACACUUCUGUCGGACUAAACCUACUACGUCUUAUCGCAAGCUUCUGUCCGACGACGCCCAUAAUGCAAUCAAACAUGCCUAUGAGAAAACACUCUUAAAAAACGUACACGACGAACAUAAUAUGAAAAAUCACAAUCAUCGCAUUAUGCAAUCCCAAAAUCCUACCACUCCUCCAAAUCGGCCCAGCCGUCCCGCUGCUUGGCCUUCCCGUCAGAUCCCAUUUUCUCCCCAGCCCCCCAGUGUCAGCCCUGUUAAUCAGCGCCCGCAGCAUGUUCCACAGGAAAGGUAUUCCAGGGAUGGCGAUGAUAUUGUCCUUGAUGGAAAAGCCAUAGAAGAUCCAUCCUACCAACAACGUGAAAAAUUACGACGGCGAAAUGCAGCCGAAGAACGAAAAAGAUUGUGGGAUUCGGAAUCCAAGCAGGAGGCCGAGAAAUUAAGGCAACAAAUGGAAAACCUUCUUCGCGAUGAAACUCUACUUACGGAGACGCUGAAACAACAACCCACACAACCAAAUUAUGCAGAGGCUAGCGCGUUGCAGGAACAUAUUUUCAAAAAUCGUUUAUCACAUAAGAGUCAUGUCACAGGUCAUAAAAUAUCCAAACAGAUAUCGACAUAUCCGAAGCCCUUCCCACAGGAUCACAAAUUUCGUUCUAUUUUGAAUCGUGCAUCACUGCCAAGCAAUCGAAGUGUUGGUAACAUUAGGACUCGGGGUAUUCGACCGAUCACAGGAAAAGUUGCACAUUACCCCGAAAUCACAGGCACCAUUAUAAACUCUCCUCCGGUUGGUAAUGCCCAAGUAAAAUUAAAUAAUGGUAGAGUGCAGGGUCCAGACUUAAUUCCUCAAACCAACCUUUCAUCUCAGUCCGCAAUCAUUCCAGGAGUAUAUCUUGACCCUAUUCCGUUGCCUAGUGACACAGCGUUGAAGUUACAUAGACAGAUUGAGACACAGAAAAUUUCCCAUGCUUGA